AUGGUAAGAAGAAGUGAAGUAGCAAUAAGCAGUGCACCAAGAAUCGGGAAAAUACUUUUGAAUCAUUGCAAUGCUACGACUUAUUCAAAAGCAAAAAUUAGAGCUAAAAAACAAUACCUGACUGACUUCUCGCACCAAAUAUCGUGA